AUGGACUACUAUACUGGAAGCUCGUAUUUGUACACGGCAUCAAAUGCCAUGUUUGUCAACCCGUUUUUGCUCAUCGUAGCUGUUUGUGAGUUUUUUGAGACCUAGGCUCCGCCCACAAAACUGUGCCGCAUGAUUUUUAGAGCAUUUUGAUAUCAAAUAAGCCUAUGAACGGUUUUUGCGAUAAGCCCCGCCCACAAAACCGUGCCGCAUUGAUAAUUUUGUUUACAGGGAGCUGGAUAAAAUGGCUAUCAGUGUCAACUCUUAUAAUUGGUGGCGCCUCCUAUAUUGGCUAUCUUUUCACCCCAGAUUGGCGGGAAAUUGUCGACAGUAAACACUAUUAUAGUAACUGGAAGGUACUAGCCACGCCCCUUUUUUAUUGAUUGAUUUUUUGUAUUUUUGUAGAUUCGAGUUUACCUAUCUCUACCCUUCAACACUGCUUCUCGAGUCAUCGGCGGUUUGGCGAAUCGCGAGAUUCCGGUUUGGCUCCGCGAGCCGCUUCUCGGCACAUUUGCAUCGGUUUAUGAUUGUCGAAUGGAUGAGGCGGUUGAGCCGGAUUUUAAGGUACUUUUUUUUGGGAUUUUUUGAGCUCAGAUUGAGCAUUUGGAGCAUUUUUGCUGAAAAUCAAGAAUUUUUUCAGACCUACCCGUCGUUCGCCGCAUUUUUCAACCGCAAGCUGAAGGAAUCCGCACGGCCCAUUUCCGCUUCGCCAUUGGUGAGUUGAGAAUUUUUCAGGCUUUGUUUAGCCUAGAAUUUGGGCCUAGGCCUAACUUUCAAGCCUAAGCCUAAAAUCAGGCCUAAAAAUUAGGGUUAAGUUAAAUCUACGGUCUAGGUUAAGCCUAAGGCUUAGGCUAUUUUGAAGCUAAGCUAAGGUCUAGGUUAAACUUAAGGCUUACAAUUAGGCCUGAAAUUAAAAUCUAAACCUAAGCCUAAUGUUUAGCCGAAGCCUAAGAUAAGAUUUUAGCUAACCUUAAACCUAAAAAUUUAAGGUUAAGCCUAAGUCCAGGUAAAAUUUUGAAGCUAAGCUAAGGUCUGGGCUAAACUUGAGGCUUAUUGUUAGGCUAAAAUUAAAAGCUCAAAGCCUAAAAUUUACUUAAGCCUAAAGUUUAGCCUAAGCUUAGAUAAGCCUAAGAGGAGACCUAAAUUUAAAGUUGAGCCUAAGGAUUAGGCCAAAUUUUUAAGCUAAGCUAAGGUCUAGGCUAAACCUAAAGCUUACAAUUAGGCCUGAAAUUAAAAUCUAAACCUAAGCCUAAUGUUUAGCCUAAGCUCGAGGUUAAGCCUAAGAUUUUGGCUAAUCUUAAGCUUAAUAUUAUGGUUAAGCCUAAGGUCAGGCCUAAUUUAGAAUUAGAAGCUGAGCCCAAGCCCAAGAUAAGACAUCCCUAAAUGGCGCAGUCUAGAGCUUCGCUCAGCCUGCGCCUGAUAAGGUCUAGAUAAGGCCUAAGGCUUAGGCUGAAUAUCAAAGCUAUCUAUAAACCUUAGCCUAAAGUUAAGCCUAAGUUCUAGAAAAAAGCUAAACCUUAGCCUAAGCUUAUGGUAAAGCCUAAGUUCUGGGCUAAAAAAAAACCCAAGACUUAUACCAAGUCCAAGCUCAACUCCAACUCCUCACCAUUAUUUUUCGCAGGUUUCCCCAGCCGACGGAAUUGUUCUCCAUUUCGGCAAAGUCGAAGACAAUCGCAUCGAAUACGUCAAAGGACACGACUAUGACGUGGCAAACUUCUUGGGUGACGUCGAUUUGCCGGCGAAAAAUGAGCUGGAUUUGUAUCAAGUCGUCAUCUAUUUAGCACCCGGAAACUAUCACGCAUUCCAUUCGCCAACUCGUUGGGUCGCUAGCCAAUGUCGACAUGUUCCCGGAUUAUUGUUGUCAGUUCGGCCAACUCUAUUGAGUCAUGUACCACAUUUGUUUUGCUUGAAUGAGAGGUGGGUUUUUUUGAGAAGUUAAGCUAACUCUCUCGCUCUCUUUUUUAUUCCAGAGUUGUGCUAAAUGGUAAAUGGCGUCACGGCUUCUUCUCAAUGGCCGCAGUCGCCGCGACAAAUGUCGGCGACAUUGUUGUCGACGCUGAACCAUCGCUGCGAACCAAUAAAUUGACGCGACGCAAGAAAUCGCAGAAAAUUGCGAACACGGAGACCGAAAUUCAUGCGCCAUAUUUGUCGGGUGAACGAGUUGGUGAAUUCCGCUUGGGAUCAACUAUUGUUUUGGUGAGUUUGAGACAUUUUUAUCUACAGUACCCUAAUCUUGCUCUCGUUCCAGGUUUUCCAAGCUCCGCCCACCAUCAAAUUCGCCAUCAAAGCUGGUGAUCCUUUAAGAUUUGGUCAAAGUCUAGUCGCUGAUGGAGUUUAG